GCGGCCAGCUCGCCCCGAGGAGCUGUCGUCGGAGACGUCUUAGCCGCCCACGGCAUCAUCCAAGUCCCUCCUUUUUUGCAUACCCAAGCUUCUAUCUCACCCUUGUCCUCCUUGACUGCAAUCACCUUGGUGGAAAGGCUCUGGCUUCCCGUAGCCUCCUGCCCAUCAUGGCUCCGCAGGAUACCUUCUUCCGCUCGUCGGAAAUGAGCCUGACCCAGCUCUACAUCGCCAAUGAGAUCGGAAGAGAGGUCGUCAGUGCCCUGGGUGAGAUUGGGCAGAUCCAGUUCAGAGAUCUCAACCCGGACACCAAUGCUUUCCAACGAACGUUUACCAAGGAGAUUCGGCGCCUUGAUAAUGUUGAACGACAACUCCGCUACUUUCGUUCGCAGAUGGAGAAAGCUUCCAUCCCCAUGCGGCCUUCAACCGACUUCUCCGACACUUUGGCUGCUCCGUUAGCCUCGGAAAUUGACGAGCUGGCCGAGCGGAGUGAGAGUCUUGAGCAGCGCAUCGCAUCCUUGAACGACAGCUACGAGACCUUGAAGAAGCGUGAGGUCGAGCUUAGCGAAUGGCGUUGGGUUCUUCGUGAGGCGGGCGGUUUCUUUGAUCGGGCCCACACCCACACCGAGGACAUCCGCCAAUCCUUUGAUAAUGACGAAGCGCCCCUGCUUCGCGACGUCGAGCAACAUGCACCCCGCGGCGCAAAUGGAGACACCCAUGGCCAACAGAGCUUCUCGGAAAUGAACAUUGGCUUCGUCGCUGGUGUAAUUCCUCGAGACCGUAUUGGCGCCUUUGAACGUAUCCUCUGGCGAACGCUCCGUGGUAACCUUUACAUGAACCAGUCGGAGAUCCCCGAAGUGAUCAUUGACCCUACCAACAACGAAGAAAUCCACAAGAACGUGUUUGUGAUUUUUGCCCACGGCAAGAAUAUUCUCGCAAAGAUUCGCAAGAUCUCUGAAUCCCUGGGUGCUUCCCUGUACGGCGUGGAUGAGAACAGUGAGCUACGCCGGGAUCAGAUCCACGAGGUCAACACUCGCCUAGGUGACGUGGGAAACGUGCUGCGCAACACCAAGAGUACUUUGGAUGCGGAGCUCUCGCAGAUCGCUCGUUCUCUCGCGGCUUGGAUGAUCAUUGUCAAGAAAGAAAAGGCCGUUUACGAUACGCUGAACCGGUUCUCUUACGAUCAAGCUCGCAAGACAUUGAUUGCCGAGGCGUGGUGCCCCACAAACUCUCUCGCUCUCAUCAAGUCGACUCUGCAGGAUGUCAACGACCGCGCCGGUCUCUCUGUCCCUACUAUCGUUAACCAGAUCCGCACCAACAAAACCCCACCAACCUACGUUCGGACCAACAAGUUCACCGAGGCCUUCCAAACCAUUAUCAACUCGUAUGGUAUCCCAAAAUAUUCUGAGGUCAACCCCGGUCUAUACACGAUUGUCACGUUCCCCUUUUUGUUCGCCGUCAUGUUCGGUGACAUGGGUCACGGGUUCAUUAUGGCUUCGGCGGCUGCUGCAAUGAUCUUCUUUGAGAAGAAGCUGCUUCGUACUAAGCUUGACGAGUUGACAUACAUGGCCUUCUACGGUCGGUACAUCAUGUUGAUGAUGGGUCUUUUCUCCAUCUACACUGGUUUCAUUUACAACGAUAUUUUCUCCAAGGCUUUCAGCAUUUUCCCCAGUCAGUGGCAGUGGCCCGAGGAUAUCAAGGCUGGUCAGUCUGUUGAGGCUACUUUGAAAGAUGGCUACCGUUUCCCCAUCGGUCUGGAUUGGAACUGGCACGAGGCGGAGAACUCCUUGCUGUUCUCGAACAGUAUGAAGAUGAAAAUGAGUAUUCUGCUUGGUUGGUCCCACAUGACUUACGCACUGGUCCACCAGUACAUCAACGCCCGGCAUUUCAAGUCCAAGGUUGACGUUCUUGGCAACUUUGUUCCUGGAAUGCUGUUCUUCCAGUGUAUCUUCGGUUACCUAGCCCUCACGAUUCUGUACAAGUGGUCUGUGGACUGGCCUGCCAUCGGCCAAGACCCACCCAGUUUGCUGAACAUGCUUAUCUUCAUGUUCCUGAGGCCCGGUACUGUCGGGGAAAAGCUGUACAACCAUCAAGCCACUGUUCAAGUCUUGCUGCUCCUUAUCGCGGUCAUUCAGGUUCCCAUCAUGCUCUUCCUCAAGCCCUUCUGGUUGCGCUACGAACACAACCGUGCCCGCGCUCUGGGUUACCGGGGUCUCGGUGAGCAGUCCCGUGUCAGUGCUUUGGACGAUGAUGGUGAUAUGGACGGUGGAUUCGACGGUGCUCGCGAUAGCCUGGCCAGUGAUGGUGAGGGUGUCGCCAUGAUUGCCCAGAACAUUGACGAGGGCGAUGAGCAUGAAGAGUUUGACUUCAGCGACGUCAUGAUCCACCAGGUCAUUCACACGAUCGAGUUCUGCUUGAACUGUAUCUCGCACACUGCCUCGUACCUGCGUCUUUGGGCUUUGUCUUUGGCUCACCAGCAGCUCUCCAUCGUCUUGUGGGAUAUGACCAUCGGUACCGCCUUUGCCCAGGAGAGCCACGUCAUCCGAGUGAUCAUGAUCGUGAUCUGCACCUACAUGUUCCUUGUUCUGAGUGUCGCGGUGCUGGUCACCAUGGAAGGAGUAUCAGCCAUGCUUCACUCGCUUCGUCUACACUGGGUGGAGGCGAUGAGCAAGCAUUUCAUGGGUGAGGGUAUUCCUUUCGUGCCGUUCAGCUUCAAGACCCUGCUGGAAGAAGAUCCAGUGGAUUGAACCUGAGCGGUCGGUCUUGCAUUGCUUGGUUUCAUUCUUUUUUCUCUCCCUCGUUGUUGCUCUACUAGCAUCCCUGUGGGAUUGUCCUUCCUUUGGAUCUUUCUUGUCCCAUGUACUGUAAGAAGAUUAGAAUAUAUACGUUCUGAUAAGUGAGGGUACGGUAGACGUAGAGAUUGAGAAACUACUGGCAAAUGCGUAGUUUGAACAAAUCGUGGGCUUGGCCUAGAUAUGAAGAUUCGCUUGCAAAACAUCUGCAGCUAGUUAUCGUACUCAGUAUCGCAAUCGGUGUUCUUUACAGUAGAGGCACGACAAAGAUCUAGUUUAAUAAUUUUUUUUUUUUUUUCAUUUAUUUAAAACUCUUUAGGUACCAAGCCGAGAAUGGCAUGGAGAGAGUAAUCCGAAGGAGCUGCAAUGAACGGCAACCCCGAACGGACGUCAUCACUCAUGAGCUUCCGAGACAAGAUUGGCUCAGCAUGUCGAAAAGGUAAGAAUAUAGAGAAACGUGGAAUCAUAAGAAUAAAGCGGGUUCCAAUCACCCAAUACGAAACAAAGCGACUGAGCCGAGCGGUACGGUACCCAAGACCGAAAGGAGGAUAUCAAAUCAGGUCCCAGUGUCGAGAAAUCCAAAAAAAGGGAGUCAACAGAAACAAUGUCAGCAAAGCGCUUAGUUGUGGUGCUUGUUGUACAUGUCGAUGACCUUCUGGACCUCACCCUUGGAGCCGAGGAAGACACCGCUGCGGUCGUGAAUGUGUUCAGGACGAACCUCCAUCAACCGCUCCAUGCGCGAGUUCACAGCGAGACCGCCAGCGUUCUCGAACAGCAUCGCCAUGGGCGCACACUCGUACAGGAUGCGCAGCUUACCCUUGGGACUCUUUUUAUCCGCGGGAUAGGCAAAGAUACCACCGUACAGCAGGGUACGGUAAGCAUCAGCGACCAUGGAACCGAUGUAACGCGCGCUGUAGGGCUUCUGGCCCUCGCCGGGGUACUUGAGGCUGUGGAAGUAGGCAUUGCACCAGUCAUCCCAGUACAUGCUGUUACCCUCGUUGACGGAGUAGAUAGCCCGGGUCUCGGGGAGCUUCAUGUUGGGGUGAGUGAGGAUGAACUCGCCCAGCGAGUUCUCCAGGGUGAAGCCGUUAACGCCACCGCCGCGCAUAGUAAUAACUAAUUGCGCCGAGGCACCGUACAUCGUGAAACCGGAUGCGACGAGGGAAGUACCCGGGUGGAGGAGCUGCUCGGGGCCGACGGUCUUACCGGCGCCUAGGAUUUCGUCGGGGAGUUGGAAGACACCGAAGAUGGUGCCGACGGAAACACCGGCGUCUAGGUUGGAGGAACCGUCGAUGGGGUCGCAGACGACGGCGUAGCGGGCGUCUGGGUGCUCGUCGAAGGUGAUCACUUCUUCUUCCUCCUCGGAGACGAGGAUGCGGCAUUUGCCGGAGCCGCGCAUGGCGGAGAUGAAGAUGUCAUUGCCGAUCACGUCGAGCUUCUUCUGGUCGUCGCCGGUGGUGUUGGAGGAACCGGCCAGACCGGUGAGGUUGAUGAGGGAGGCGCGACGGAUGUAGUAGGCAAUGGACUUGAAGGAGAAUUGGAGGGCGUGGCAGAGGAGGGUGAAAUCUCCCGUGGCAUCGGGGUAUUUGGUCUGCUCUUCCGUGAAGAAGCGGGAGAGAGUGACGAUGUCGGUGUUGAUUUUCUCCUGGCCGACCGGCGAGGUAUUGGAUCCGUUGGCAGCCAUAUUGUAUGUAACUUUUGGUGCGAGGGGUUUGUGGGUUUUUUGGAGGAUCGAUGAGGAGCGUUAAAAAUGGCUUUUGUUGGAGAAUUGAGGGGUGAGGGGUGAUAAUGAUAUGCAGUACAGUAGGUGGGGGUGGACGCGGUUGUUAUCGGAGCGGGAAGUAUGCAGCGUAGCCUCGGCUUUGAAUUGCGAAAGAAGUCGACGGAGAGGAUGCAGAUACGAUUUUAAGUAGGGGCAGGGGCAGAGACGAGGUGGCAAGUUCGGGGUUUCCAGGCUCCAACCAAGGCAAGUAUGGAGAGUGGACCGAAACAACGUCAGGCAAGUAAACCGGGCAGAGCAGGCGAUUUUGUAGUCGAACAGGAUGAACAACCAGAGUCGACCUCGGCGGGGCCCGUUUUCGUCAUUCUUCCCCGCGUGACCAGAAACACUCCCCGCUCCGGUUUUCUCCUUGCCAGCAGAAGCAAUGGAAUUGGUAAAAAAAAAACCCUCAGGGAUUUCUGGAUGGAUAUUCUCUGGGUCUGCGCCGGAAUUGCCCGCUAUCGAGUUUUAUA